AUGGUUGUACCGAAGGAACAGCUACGCUACGAUGGACGGGUCGUGGUGGUGACCGGUGCAGGCGCUGGGCUGGGUCGCGAGUACGCACUGCUGUUCGGAUCGCGCGGUGCAAAGGUCGUCGUGAAUGACCUGGGCGGUAAUUUCCAUGGCCAGGGCAAAUCGAACGCAGCGGACAAGGUGGUGGAGGAGAUCCGGGAAGCCGGUGGUGUUGCGGUUCCAGAUUACAACUCGGUCGUCGAAGGUGAUAAGAUCAUCCAGACGGCGUUGGAAAACUUUGGCCGAAUCGAUGUGCUGGUGAACAAUGCGGGAAUUUUGCGCGACCGUAGUUUGGCACGCAUUUCCGACGAGGAUUGGAAUUUGAUUCAGGAUGUGCAUCUGAAGGGUAGCUUCCUGACGACCCGCGCUGCCUGGCCGGUAAUGAAGAAGCAAAACUAUGGACGCAUCAUUAUGACGUCGAGUAAUUCGGGAGUGUAUGGCAAUUUCGGGCAAGCAAACUAUAGUGCGGCCAAACUGGGUUUGGUUGGGCUGGCAAACACGGUCGCUAUUGAGGGUGCAAAGAAUAAUAUUCACUGCAAUGUGAUCGUGCCAACGGCAGCCUCCCGUAUGACGGAGGGCAUCUUACCGGAAAUCCUGUUCAAUGAGCUUAAACCGAAAUUGAUUGCUCCAGUAGUGGCCUACCUUUGCCACGAAUCGUGCGAUGAUACGGGUGCGAUCAUCGAGAGUGCGGCCGGUUGGGCCACCAAGGUACACUUUGUGCGUGGCAAGGGUUGCGUUCUUCGUACCGCGAUCGAUGAGGACGUUUCACCCGAAUACGUGCAACAGGUGUGGAACCGUGUGACGGACAUGUCCGAUGCCCGCCACCUCAAUGCGAUCGGUGAAGCGAGCCUUAAUUUGGUGGGAGUGUUGGAAAAGUUGCGCGAUGGGCAGAACAAUGAAAACUCCGUUACGGAAACAUUCCGGUACGGAUUCAAGGAUGCCAUUCUGUACGCACUCGGUGUCGGUGCGUCCGUGAGCGAUUCAACUGAUUUGAAGUUCCUGUACGAAAACAAUCCAGACUUUAGUGUGUUGCCAACGUUCUUUAUCCUUCCUGGGCUGCUGUCCGUGAUGGGAUCAAGCUUGACCGCAUCCGCCAUUAAGCAUACUACGUUUGACCUGACCAAUAUUCUUCAUGGUGAGCAAUACAUCGAACUGUUCGAGGCACCCCAAACGGAGGGCGUCUUGACGACCACCUCGACCGUGCUGGACGUGGUGGACAAAAAAUCCGGCGCCCUUGUCAUCACUCAGUCCGAUUCGUACGACGAGCAAGGCACACUGGUUGCUCGCAAUCAAAGCUCCACGUUUGUGGUCGGUGCCGGAAAUUUCAACGGCAAAACAAAGGCCGGUCCGGAGGUAAAACCGCUCGUACCGAACCCAAAACGUUCGCCGGAUGCUUCGGUGGAAGUUCCGACGCACAAAGACCAGGCUGCUGUUUAUCGGCUAUCGGGCGACCUAAACCCAAUGCACAUCGAUCCGAGCUUUUCGGCUAUCGCUGGGUAUAAGGUACCGAUUCUGCACGGACUCUGCACGAUGGGUGUUUCGGUGAAGGCUGUAUUGAAGCAGUUCGGUGGUGAUGAUCCAGCCCUGUUCCGUGCGGCCAAGGUACGCUUCUCCAAACCGGUACUGCCCGGUCAAACGCUCCGGGUCGAUAUGUGGAAGGAACCGAACAAUCGCGUCUGCUUCCGUACGGUUGUGGUGGAAACGAAUACGGAGGUACUAUCGGGUGCGUACGUGGACUUUAAGCAGAUCGUCAUCAAACCGAACAUGACUUCCGCCGUUGCCCUACAGAGCGAUGCCGUGUUCGCCGGCAUUAAGGACCGCGUGGCUGAGAACGAGGCCAAGGCGAAGGCCAUCAAUGCGGUGUUCCUGUACAAAAUCACGAGCGGUGGUAAGGUGGCUAAGGAGUGGGUGCUUGAUCUGAAGAACGCGAAAGUGUACGAAGGACCGGUGCAGGGCAAAGCCGACACCACGAUGACGAUAGCCGACGGAGAUAUGCUCGAGCUGGCACUCGGCAAACUGCAGCCCCAGACUGCAUUUAUGAAGGGCAAGCUGAAGAUCACCGGCAAUAUUAUGCUGGCCCAAAAGUUGGCCCCGCUGCUCAAGACGGAGGCAAAACUGUAG